AUCAUCUCUUUCUCGUCCGAAGGAUAAAUGGCGCUUUCUUUUUCCGGCACUGCUAAUCUCGCUACUCCAAAACCCUCUCUCCGCCGAACCUUCUACGUCACCAGGAAACCCCAUUCCGUCACAGUUCGCUCUGUUUCCUCGUCCCCUUCUUUCUCCACCGACCAUGCUAAUCGUGGGCCCGAAGACUGGACCCCGGGGUCCUGGAAGUCGAAGAAGGCUCACCAGCUCCCGGAAUACCCGGACGAAGCGGAGCUGGACUCGGUCCUUAGCACAAUUGGUUCCUUCCCCCCAAUUGUGUUCGCUGGCGAGGCGCGAAAGCUCCAGGAAAAGCUCGCAAACGCGGCUGUAGGAAAGGCGUUUCUGCUACAGGGAGGUGAUUGUGCCGAGAGCUUCAAAGAGUUCAACGCUGAUAACAUCAGGGAUUCCUUCCGGGUCCUGUUGCAGAUGGGGGUUGUCCUUACUUUUGGUGCACAAAUGCCCGUUAUCAAGGUGGGAAGGAUGGCAGGUCAAUUUGCUAAACCUAGGUCCGAUCAUUUUGAGACAAAAGAUGGUGUUAAGCUCCCUAGUUAUCGGGGAGACAACGUUAAUGGUGAUGCAUUUGAUGAGAAAUCUAGAACACCUGACCCUCAAAGGUUGGUUAGAGCCUAUCUCCAAUCUGUUGGCACUUUGAAUCUCCUUCGGGCAUUUGCCACCGGUGGUUAUGCUGCCAUGCAGAGGGUCUCACGAUGGAAUCUUGAUUUUGUUCAGAGCAGUGAACAAGGGGAGAGGUACAUGGAACUUGCGCAGAGGGUAGAUGAAGCUUUAGGAUUCAUGGCUGCUGCUGGACUCACUGUUGAUCACCCCAUAAUGAAUACGGUUGAGUUUUGGACAUCCCAUGAAUGCCUUCAUUUACCAUAUGAGCAGGCCUUGACCAGGGAGGAUUCGACUACUGGUCUAUAUUAUGACUGUUCUGCUCACAUGCUUUGGGUAGGUGAGAGGACUCGGCAGCUGGAUGGAGCCCAUGUUGAAUUUCUCCGGGGCAUAUCCAAUCCUCUUGGGAUAAAGGUCAGUGAUAAGAUGGAUCCAAAGGAGCUUGUGAAAUUGUGUGAAAUUCUUAACCCUCGGAACAAACCUGGGAGACUGACAAUAAUCACCCGAAUGGGAGCUGAUAACAUGCGGGUAAAGCUUCCACAUCUUAUUAGAGCAAUGCGUCAAGCUGGCCUUGUUGUCACAUGGGUAAGUGAUCCCAUGCAUGGAAACACAAUCAAGGCUCCAUCUGGUCUCAAAACUCGGUCAUUUGAUGCAAUCAGGGCUGAGUUGAGGGCAUUCUUUGAUGUUCAUGACCAAGAAGGGACCUAUCCUGGAGGAGUUCAUCUGGAGAUGACAGGGCAAAACGUAACAGAAUGUGUUGGAGGGUCAAAGACUGUGACUUUUGAUGACUUGAACUCCCGCUAUCACACGCACUGUGAUCCUAGGCUGAAUGCAUCUCAGUCACUGGAGCUGGCAUUUCUCAUUGCGGAAAGGUUGAGGAAGAAAAGGUUGAAAUCUGCUGAUGACCUCUUCACAGGGCACAAUCUUGGUGGUUCUAUGGCAUAAACAAGCCACCUUAAAACCUUAGAUCCUUAAAGUAUAAUCUGAUUUCGUUUAUCUGUUCUGUUAGUUUUGUCAUGUAAAGGUUGCAUAUUCUGCGGUUGGAAGCAACAAAAACUCUUUUUUUGGGGUACAUAAGUAAUAAAAACUCUUGCUUUUU